AUUGCAAAUUCCAGUAUGCAAUAACCUGGAAAACCAUGGACAAACUAUGCUCGCUGUAAACUAUGGAAUAACAACAAUUAGCCUUCGAAAUUUCUUAUGUUCUAGUCCUUGGCAAGUAGGGAAAAAGUUUCCAAAGAUGUUUACAUCUGAUGGCAAUCACGUGAGUAUCAUAGGUCAUGCGCAAGUCGCUUAUAUGAUCAUAAACCACAUGAGGCAAUUAAUGUUAAGUAUAAUCGACAAUGUAUUAACCUCCAAAGAAGUCAAAGUCACUGUCCCAACACGUUUGUUACCAUCAGUAGGCGAUAUCAUCAUUUUGCCAGAUUGCCCGUUGAAAUUCAGAGACCUUCCAGAACCCGUGUCUAAGAGUUAUCAACAGUAUUUUCGUGACCAUCCUCUGUGCUAUACCCUGAUGACACCAGACCUAACCAAGAACAUGUCACUGAGUCGAAGUCUUCAGGUGAAAGAAAUCGGCAAUAUUGGAUUUGAGGUGGUACAAAGAGUUCCUAUUAACAGGAAAGGAUCGGUAAACACAACAGUUAUUCGGCUCUAUCCAGAGGACCAGAUUCAGUCUUCUGAAAUUCAAAGGUUUCGAACCGAUGCAUAUGGCGGAUGGCAAUCGUAUCUGGCAAACUCUCUCCUAGAAUUAGCAAUAUUAAUACCAUUAACCUCGUUUUCAAAAAAGUGUAAUUUGGAAAGUAGAACUGACGCCAGAAAUUUCGCUGUCGCCGUUCGAACACACGGCAAUGGAGGGACCGCAAAAGUUUGGUUAAAUGAAUACGAAGAAAGGGGAGUUUUAAUUAACACUCGCUCGCCUUUUGGUCAUACAAAGGUUAUCACUAUUGCUCGUCACGUGAUACCAGGACGUCACGUGCUUAGCGUCAGAACAGUAACCAAGGGGACAUUUAUAUUGUCCGGUGUUGUGAUUGGGCCAACAUACAAGUAAUAUAUCGUGUUUGAUUCUUUUUAAUGUUUUAAGGAAGAUGAUUUUAGCACCAAAACGUCAAUGUAUUAAUUCCAAACCGUCAUCAAACUUUGAUAAAACUCAAUCCCCCGGCCCGGCCUUUGACUGGAAAUCGCUGAAAUUAUUAACUCAGAUCGGCAAUAUCAUAGGAAAUAGCUGGGAAGAUCUAACUUCUGGGGAACUGGUUACUCGUUUUCGUGGGUUAACAUGUUCUCGUGUGAUAUCUAGAGGAUAUUAUACGGUGGAGAGAAGAUAUGAAUUUUAUAUUCGAGUGGCAAAAGCAAUGUCUCACAAGUGAGUGCAGCGAACGAAUGGAAUAUCUUGUUCAGUAAGCCACAAAAAGCUUUUUUCUUCAUUAUGUCAUUUUUGGCAUUUUCGUGCUCCUUAUGGUGAGAAAUUUUCUGUCGGACUUCCCUAACACUCGCCAUCUUUUAACCGGAGUUUGGUUAAGUUUGGCAGCCGUGCGAUGGAAGUCAUAGGUAUCACUGGAGAGGAUAUAGAAAAUACGUCACUACGGUCCCGGAUGUAAAUUCGUAUGAAUUUUACGAAAGGUGUACGUUCCAGUAAAACACUCGUGUCUUUAUAACAAGAUUAGGUGCCUGUCAAUGGUGGAUUGAGGAGUUUAUUCAUGGAGAUGCAGCGAUCCCACGAAAUCGAUUUGGUGUCGUUAGGAGUUAUAUUUGCUUCUGGAUAAGACAUAAUUAAAAUUGUUCCGUGUGGGCGAUGUUCAUUUUAUAAGAAUAUCGAGGCUGAAAUUUGCGAAAUUGUAACAGGAGCCGUAUUCGGUACCGAUUAUGGCUCCUGAUUGUAAGAAUAUUUUAAAAACA